UUAGCGAUGAUACUUAGAUGGGUUACACUGCUUUCAACAUUAUUUCUCGCUAAAAGUGUGAGGUUUGAAACAGACGUCAUAAAAGAAAAUCUUGAGCAAGGAAGACUAAAAUAUAAAGAGUAUAAAGAAGCCUCUAAAAGUGAUAAAACCGGUUCAUGCUGGGCUACUGCUAUAGUGGAUUUGGAAGCAAGUUGUGCUGAUCUGAACGAUGAAUCUACCGCCAGACUAGCUUAUUCCUUCCUAACCUGUCAUCUUCAGCAGCACAAACGUAAAAUACACAUCUGUGACGAUAACGCUUCCAUCGAGAGCUGCACGGAGACGCUGACAGACACAAUGUUCGUCAUCUACACUUCCUUUGUGAUGCACACUCAUAACAUGUGCUUCUACCUGCAAUCACUCAACUGGCAGAAUAGACUUGACAGAACAGUUGAUAGAUUGCAAGAUAAUAGUGAACAGGUUGCUGAGAAGUUAGAGAUUCAGGCUCACAAGCAAGAGAAUUUGCUGAUAGGAAUGCAUGCAAUGUCAGAUAUGAACACCGAUAUUCUUACCAAAACAGAAAAACUGCAAAGUUUUAUCGGCAGGAUGUUCAGUUUGGUGGAAAAGAUUGGAUACUUACAACAGUCAUUUCAUGACCACUUUACAACUUACGAGAUGAUACUGUUUUACACUGGAUCGGUUAUCGUAACAUGGAUAUCUACAAGUUUUCCCGGAGUUUCUCGAGCACGCCCUACCUUGAUGUGUCUAACGGCAGUGGCGCUUGCUGUUGAACAAUCUAUUGUUCAAUAUGGUUUUCUCGUGCAGGAUGAUGAAAUAACCAAGUACAAAGCCAAGAGGUACAUUCGGAGACUUUGGCUUGGGAUAUGCAUAUUUAAAUGGUUCAAAGCUUUGUACUCUUCGGGAAACCCUGAUAAUGUUACAAAGCAACUCUUGAAUCAAACAAGAGAUACGACGAUGAUGCUACAAGAUUUGCAGGCUCAACUAGCCCCAAUUACUGCAUCCCUGAACAAGUCCCUAUGGUUUUCUGAUGACGAAGCCAAUCAUUCAGAUCACGGUACUCAGACUGAUGGGGAGCUUUCUCCUCUGAUUAUCAAACCAAAGAAAUACAACAAGAAGAAAAGUUUUUCACCCAUGAAACUGGACCUCAAUGUUGUCGAGCGACGUAGAAGUGGAACUGGUCGCUACAACUUACGUCCCAAAACACCACCCCGGCACGCACCUCUCGCACCACCCUCCAUCACUUGGCCGGGGUUCAGCUCGGACGAUGGAGACGAAGACUAUCUACCAAGAUUAGAAAUCUCUGAAGUGUGAUUUGCAGACAGUUUGAAUCUGUGUUCACAAAUUCCCCGAAUCGUGGAAAUAUGAAGCACUUGUAAACAUUAGUUUAUUUCUUCAGUGUGUCCCUUUGAGGGUCAGGUUGCGUAGAAUGAACAAAGGAGUAUACAUGUUCAACCCAUACUCAAUCCAAUCAUCAGAUAUUUGUUUGUAUAUUUGUAACAUUCCAGUUCAGAUUAUUUUGAACCAUUUAUUACCUAUAGUUGUAUUGCUCGACCAUAAAAGCCCUCCAACUCAAAUACUUAAGGACACCGCACCGGGCAGGAGUCAUGAUGCUGGGACUUUAAAUCUGUUCCUUUAUCACAUAUUUGGAUCACAGCCUCGAUGAUUCAUGACAGAUGUUUAGCAUAUGUUUAUAUUACACAUUUUAUAGCUGAAUUUUGUGUAAGUAUCGUCCGACGUUGUGACAAGCUCAUUGACAACUGAUGUUUAUAUAUUUAAAAUUU